AUGAAAAAUUCUGAGAAAGUAGAUGCUUCACACUAUAGAAGUCUUAUUGGGUGUUUAUUCUACUUGACUAUCGCUCGACCAGAUAUCAUGUAUGCUACUAGUCUACUAUCGAGAUUCAUGCAAAAUCCUAGUAAAAUUUACUAUAGAGGUGCAAAAAGAAUUUUACGAUACUUGCAAGGUAUAAAAGACUAUGACAUUUGGUUCAAUCCUGUGAGUAAGUCGAAGCUAAUUGGCUACACUAAUAGUGAUUGGGCAGGAUCUACAGAUGACAUGAAGAGUACUUUUGGUUUUGCAUUUACACUAGGCUCAGGAAUAUUCUCAUGGGCAUCUAAGAAACAAGAAACUGUAGCACAAUCAUCUGUAGAAGCAAAAUAUGCAGCCAUUGCAAAUUCAGCAAAUCAAAUGAUUUGGCUUUGA